AUGUCCACAAGUAUAGACUAUGCGAGCCUCAAAGAUAGAUUGAUAAUUGAAUACGCCAAGCGAAAAGUAUCAAUUGAGAAGAAGGCUGCCACUACAAACCUUCAUGAAAUUCAGUGGUCUUUCCCAGUGAUUCAAUCUAUCUACAGACAAGUUGAUUGUUUAGCGCCUUAUAAAGACCCUGCUGCAUUAGAUAAGGCUCUCGAUACAAUAGAUUUGGCCAAGAUUUAUGAGAAUGUGGAGCGUCGUGAACGUGAAAAUACCAAUCCCAAAUUAAAGUAUGAUGAUUUCGUGGUGCUUGAAUUGCUACGGUAUUUCAAACAUGACUUUUUCACAUGGGUCAAUUCUCCUUCAUGUCAAUGUGGAUCACCUGAUAUGGUGAAUCGAGGCAUCAAACGUCCCGACCUGGCCAACAAUCCUGAUCUCGUAUCCAUUAUCGAAGUUUACCAAUGCCGAAACUGCAAUCAUACGGUUGAAUUCCCUCGAAUAAAUAAUCCCGUAUCAUUGCUUCGUACUCGUAAGGGCCGUUGUGGGGAGUGGGUCAAUUGCUUUUUAUUGAUCUUGGAGGCGUUAAUUGGAGAAGGUAAGGACAGAAUCCGGUACGUGUGGAAUAAUGAGGAUCAUGUUUGGUGCGAGUAUUACUCUAAUGGGUUGGAAAAAUGGGUUCAUUUAGAUCCUUGUGAAGCCGUUUUUGAUGAACCACUUUUGUACUGUGAAAAUUGGGGUAAGCGAAUGUCCUACGUCAUUGGCUUCAAUAUGAAUACCAUUAUCGAUUUGAGUCAAAAGUACAUCACCAAAGACAAGCAAAUUGAUCAACUGGAUAUUGUUGACCCCAAGAAGGUGCAAAAGGUCAUUAAUUUUUACAAUGUGAAGAGAUUAGGAGAGUACCUCGUAAAAGAAAGAUUGACCCACACGGAAAAUGAACUGUGGAAAGCACUAUACACCGAUAUAAUUGUUCCAAGAAAUCGUGAGCAUAAAGGUUUGAGCACUGACAAAGCCACACCAUCGUCUGAUUUGCCCACAGGUCGACAAACGGGGUCUGCUGAAUGGACUAAAGCUCGCGGUGAAGAUGGAUAG